ACCCGGCAAGAUGGCGGCUCAGGUUGUCGUUCUCCUGAGGGAGGUGGCGCGGCUCGAGGCGCCGCUGGAGGAACUGCGUGCCCUGCAGUCCGUGGUGCAGACUGUGCCACUCCACGAGCUUCGCGAGCAGGCGGCGGAGUUACGCCUCGGCCCUCUGUUCUCCUUGCUUAACCAGAACAAUCGGGAACAGACUGAUUUGUGUGUAUCCAUUCUGGAGAGGUUGCUCCAAGCUGCAGAGCCGGUUCACUUGGCCAGGAACCUCAGGUUUGACCUACAGAAAGGACUGACUCACCCUGAUGACUCUGUAAAAACCCUCACUCUGUCCCAGAUUGGAAGAAUUGUUGAAAAUUCUGAAGCUGUUACUGAGAUUCUGAAUAACGCUGAACUGUUGAAACAGAUUGUUUAUUGCAUUGGUGGAGAGAAUUUAUCUGUUGCUAAAGCGGCUAUUAAAUCGCUGUCAAGAAUAUCACUAACCCAGGCUGGACUGGAAGCUUUAUUUGAAAGUAAUUUGCUGGAUGAUUUGAAAAACGUAAUGAAAAUGAAUGACAUCGUUAGAUACAGGGUAUAUGAGCUAAUUAUAGAGAUCUCUUCUGUGUCUUCAGAGUCUUUAAACUACUGUGCCACAAGUGGAUUGGUGGCCCAGCUCCUGAAAGAGCUGACGGGUGAGGAUGUGCUGGUCAGAGCCACCUGUAUAGAAAUGGUGACAUCACUAGCAUAUACCCAUCAUGGCCGACAAUACCUUGCUCAAGAAGGAGUCGUUGACCAGAUCUCCAAUAUACUUGUUGGAGCAGAGUCGGACCCUUUCUCUGGCUUCUAUCUGCCAGGAUUUGUGAAGUUUUUUGGAAACCUGGCUGUCAUGGAUAGUCCUCAGCAGAUCUGUGAGCGCUACCCUGUUUUUCUGGAAAAAGUGUUUGAAAUGGCGGACAGUCAGGAUCCCACCAUGAUUGGUGUAGCUGUAGACACAGUUGGAAUCCUGGGAUCCAAUGUUGAAGGAAAACAGGUUUUACAGAAGACAGGAUCUCGCUUUGAGCACCUCCUUGUGAGAAUAGGAUAUCAAGCAAAGAAUGCCUCCACAGAGCUGAAAGUUAGAUGCUUGGAUGCAGUUUCCUCUCUUCUGUAUUUAUCACCUGAGCAGCAGACUGAUGACUUCCUAAGGAUGACAGAGUCCUGGUUUUCUUCCUUAUCUCGAGACUCUCUGGAAUUCUUCCGUGGCAUCAGUAACCAGCCCUUCCCAGAACUACACUGCGCUGCCUUGAAAGUGUUCACAGCUAUUGCAAACCAGUGUUGGGCUCAGAAACUUAUGUUUAACAGUCCAGGUUUUGUGGAAUUUUUGAUGGACCGGUCUGUGGAACAUGACAAAGCUUCAAAGGAUGCCAAAUAUGAACUAGUAAAAGCACUUGCCAAUUCCAAAACAGUUGCAGAAAUCUUUGGGAACUCAAAUUAUUUGAGGCUCAGAACUUACUUAAGUGAAGGUCCCUACUAUGUGAAACCUGUUGCCACGACAGCAAUAGAAGGAGCUGAUUGAUUUCUCUCCGUGUGAGACAGAGGACCAUGACUUAACCAGAUGAUUCCAUCUGGGUUUCAGAAAGCAGGGACGUCCCUGCUUUCCCAGAGCUAUCAUGGAGUGUCUUAAUACAGCCUUAGUAUCAGCAGUGUUCCAGCUUCCGUGCCAUGUGGACCAGGCAGCUAGACUGCAGAGAAAACUGCGGCAUGGUUAUGAGAGCUCAGUGCUCUUCCAAGUCUUCUGGUUGCCACAGUCUUUGCUGCAAGGUCAAAGGUUUGUUUUCUCAGAAAGUUUCCAUGCGAUCAACUCGUGACCUCAUUUAAAAAUAAAAUGAAGCCAAAAUGAUUCUAAAUUCUCUUCACUUUUUAUUUUUCCUUAUCUGAUUCCACCUCAAUAUCUUGGGUAGUCUCUGAAAAAUAAGUCAUUUGGAAUCAUUGAAUUAUAAUAUUUGUAUACAAGGAAUAAAUAGUUUUAAAAAGAUUUCUUGUUUACUUUUCCUUUGAAAAUAAAAUAAAUCUCUGAAAAUUGUUUGGCUCUGGUACUUUUGCUGUUUAUCAGUUUUGUGAUGGUGUGGUUACAAGAAAGGGAAUGUGAUAGUGCCUUAGCCAGAAAGUUUUCUUAACUAUCAUUUUAUUUAUUGGUGGGUCAUCAAUAAAUUGAGGGCUUGGAAGAUAACUUUUCAGAUCCAUAACGUCUUUUCUUGAGGGGAUCAGAGAGAUACUGUGACUCCUCAUGUCCAGAAUCAGAAUAGGGAGGCAUCAUGUACAAACUAAGAUGCCAUCUCAUUGAUUUACAAAUUAUUAUUCUUCGCCUGUUUCCCAGCGGUAUUCUCUAAACAGCAAAGCUUUCUACAAAUGAAAUCUGUUGUCCAGAAGUUUCUGCAUGAGCUUGCCAGUGAUGCUUUAGAACCAGGAAGUGUCUUUUAGGCUGCGGUGAGAUUGACAAAUCAUCCCUUCCCGUAUCAUGAUUUUCAAGUGACUGGAAUCCUGGUCGAGUUGCAUCAUUUGUCUUUUUCCAUACUGAGAUUUUUCUACUGCCAAUAUCACAAACCAUACUAUAGCCAGAUAUUUCCUGCCAUGAAGUAUUCAAUGUGGCUUUUGCUUUAAUGAAAUUUAUGAUGUUGUUUUUCUUCCUGUUAACUUUUGAUUGCGGUAAAUAAAUAUGUAUGUAUAUACAUGUAUUUCAUGUGGUGAAAUAAAAUAUUGUAAAUGUACUUUUC